CGCCGCCCCAUAGGCACCGGCGGGGCUGGAAACACUCCUCUGCGCCAUCCCGGGGCAGCGCAGGUUUGGGCUCCCCGCAUCCCGGCCCCCGCGAAGGCGGCGCGGAGCUGCCCCGGCGGUGCCAGCCGGGCUGUCCAGCCCCGGUAUCGGAUCCUCCCGGAGGGAGGGGGCUUGGAGCUUAUUUAACAUCCCCGGGCUGACCCAGCCUGACGCACUCGGAGCAGCGGGCGGGCGGCGCGGCGGGGAGCUCAGCCGGAGCUAUGGCAUCGCAGCUGGAAGGAGCCAUGGAGACACUCAUCAAUGUCUUCCACCAUUACUCGGGCAAAGAGGGGGACAAGUACAAGCUGAGCAAGAAGGAGCUGAAGGAGCUGCUGCAGAGCGAGCUGGGCUGCUUCCUGGAGACCCAGAAGGACACGGGUGCCGUGGAGAAGAUCAUGCAGGACCUGGAUGAAAAUGGCGACGGUGAGGUGGACUUCCAGGAGUACGUCGUCCUGGUGGCUGCGCUCACCGUGGCCUGCAACACCUUCUUCUGGGAGAACGCCUGACCCAGGCCAGUCCCCACCCCGCAACAGCCGGCCACGGCGUCCCCAAAAUGCAGAGCCCCCUGCCACCCCCCCAGCUCACUCUCCACUCCCCAGCACACCCAGGGGAUCCCACCUGGGAUCCAGCUCCACAAUAAAGGCACCGACCCAGUCUGA